CAAGCCGGCUCCUAGACCUCUCCGCUGGGUGCCCCCAUCCCCACCACCCCCGGGCGAUUCCUCAGACAUCUUCUUCCGCUUUCCGAUCCUUCUGUCCACUGCUCCCCCAGCACAGGUCUCAGUGUAGUGGCCUGCCUGCCUGUCACUACAUAUAAACCCCACCCGCCCGUCCCCUCCGAGCGUCUGCUUAACGAGCACUGAUCGGAACUGCUUGCUUGCUUGACCCGACCUACAGCCCAGCUCAACCGUCCACGACCUCCCCUCUACCAAUACAUCGAAGAUGAGGAUCUCAUUACUCAGUGGCAUUGUCGUCAACGCAUUGCUCGCCUCGGCAGCAUGCCCGUUCAUGGAGGCCGGCGGCAGUGACGACGAAGGCCAGCUCCGGAACCGUGAAGAAAAGGUCACCGGCGACGAUGGAUUCCUUGACCAGUUCACCGUCGACGAUUCAAAUACCUACAUGACCACCGACUUCGGCACCCCCGUCGAUGACCGCCAUACCCUCAAGGUCGGCGCAAGAGGCGGUGCUCUGUUGGAGGAUUUCGUGUUGCGGACUAAGAUUACGCGGUUCGACCAUGAGCGUAUACCUGAGAGAGCUGUUCAUGCACGUGGUGCAGGAGCUCAUGGUUACUUUGAGUCGUACGGCGAUUGGUCCAAUGUCACCGCUGCCUCUUUCUUGGGCAAGGCCGGAAAGCAGACGCCCAUUUUCUUAAGAUUCUCCACCGUUGCUGGAUCCCGUGGAAGUGCCGACACUGCGAGAGACGUCCAUGGAUUUUCUCUACGUUUCUAUACUGAUGAGGGAAACUAUGAUAUCGUUGGCAAUAACGUACCCGUCUUCUUCAUCCAGGAUGCAAUACAGUUUCCCGACUUGAUCCAUGCGGUGAAGCCGCGUCCUGACAAGGAGAUUCCCCAGGCUGCCACGGCUCACGACAGUGCCUGGGACUUCUUUGGAAUGAACCCUUCAACCAUGCACACUCUGCUGUGGGCACUCUCCGGCCAUGGUAUUCCCCGAAGCUACAGGCAUAUCGAUGGCUUUGGUGUGCACACCUUCCGUUUCGUGAACGAUGACGGAGAGUCCAAGUUGGUCAAGUUCCACUUCAAGACACAACAGGGCCUAGCCUCUUUGAUCUGGCCCGAGGCACAGGUUUUGGCCGGUAAGAACCCUGACUUCCACCGUCAGGACCUGUGGGACGCUAUCGAGGGCGGAAACUACCCUGAGUGGGAGGUCGGUGUUCAGAUCAUGGACGAGGAGGACGUCCUUCGGUAUGGGUUCGACUUGUUGGAUCCUACCAAGAUUGUUCCCGUUGAAUACGUUCCCAUCACUCCGAUCGGAAAGUUUGUCCUCAACAAGAAUGUCCGCAACUACUUUGCCGAGACCGAACAGUCGAUGUUUUGCCCCGGCCACGUCGUCCGUGGUAUCGACUUCUCCGACGAUCCUCUGCUGCAGGGCCGACUUUUCUCCUACGUCGACACUCAGAUCAACCGCAACAUGGGAUCUCCCAACUUUGAGCAGAUUCCCAUCAACAGGCCCAGAGUUGCAGUCCACAACAACCACCGCGACGGUGCUGGCCAGCAGAUGAUCCACGAGAACAUCUACCCCUACAGCGAGAACUCGCUGAACGCCGGCUCUCCUUUCGCCGCGAACCAGACCCAAGGAGAGGGAUUCUUCACUGCCCCUGCCCGCAAGGUCGUCGACGCUCACUACGUCCGUGAGAUCUCGCCCACCUUCCUCGACUACUGGACCCAGCCCCGUCUGUUCUGGAACUCCCUUUCGAAGCCCGAGCAGCAGAUGGUUGUCAACAGUGCCCGUUUCGAGCUCGGAAACGUCAAGUCGAAGACCGUCCAGGCACGCGCCAUCGCCCAGUUCAACAGGAUCUCCAACGACCUCGCCACCCGCGUUGCACAGGCCCUCGGACAGCCCGCUCCCAGGCCCGACUCCAAGUAUUACCACGACAACACGACCGCAGGUGUCGCAGUAUUCGGUACACCUCUGGCCAGCAUCGCCACCCUCAACAUCGGUAUCCUGGCGACCACCGGCUCCAAGGCCUCGCUCGCACAGGCGGCCGAGAUCGCGGCCGCUUUCAAGGCGAAGGGCGCGAACCCCACCGUCAUCGCCGAGACUUUGACUAAUGGUGUCGGAAGCACCUACACGGGAGCCGAUGCGGUCCUGUUCGACGGCAUCAUCGUCACGGACGGAACCAAGGACCUCUUCCUGGCCAAGUCGACUCUCUUCCCCGCCGGGCGCCCCACGCAGAUCGUUCGCGAUGCCUACAACUACGGCAAGCCCGUCGGCGGUGUCGGCAUUGGACGGGCCGGUCUGGUCGCUGCUGCCGUCACAACCAACGGCACCGGAGUCUACAUCACCGAUCGGUUCAGCAAGGACUCCAGCUUCGUGGCGGACUUUGAGACAGGUCUUAAGACGUUCAAGUUCCUCGACCGCUUCCCGAUUGAUGGGCAGAAAUAGAUGUACAAGUACGAGCACAUAGACGGCUAUUUUGUCUUCGCGAUCUGGUUUUUUUCUUCCUUUUUCUUUCAAUUGUAUUUUUUCUAGCAUCUCUGUAUACUUUAACGGCUGGGGAUUGUGCAUUGUGCAUUGU